CCCGCGGGGCGGCGGCGGCGGCGGUAGCAGCACGAUGGAUGCGGGGGCCGACGGCAGAAGCGCUGCUCGCAGGCCCGGCCCCGGGCUCCCGAACGCCCCGCAGCCCCGGGAGCAGGAGCGGAAGCUGGAGCAGGAGAAGCUCUCGGGGGUGGUGAAGAGCGUCCACCGGCGGCUCCGCAAGAAGUACCGUGAAGUUGGAGAUUUUGAUAAAAUCUGGCGAGAACAUUGUGAGGAUGAGGAAACACUUUGUGAAUAUGCUGUUGCAAUGAAAAAUUUGGCUGAUAAUCAUUGGGCAAAAACCUGUGAGGGUGAAGGUCGCAUUGAAUGGUGUUGUAGUGUAUGCAGAGAAUAUUUCCAAAAUGGUGGGAAGAAAAAAGCACUUGAAAAAGAUGAAAAAAGAGCUGUGCUUGCCACUAAGACCACUCCAGCCUUAAAUACACAUGAGUCUUCUAAACUUGAAGGUCAUUUAACCAACCUCAGCUUUACAAACCCUGAACUUAUAACUGAGUUGCUACAAACCUCAGGAAAGAUCAGAUUACUUGAUGUUGGCAGUUGCUUUAACCCAUUUCUAAAGUUUGAAGAAUUUCUAACUGUUGGCAUAGACAUUGUACCUGCUGUUGAGAGCGUAUAUAAAUGUGACUUCCUGAACUUACAGCUUCAGCAACCGCUUCAACUUGCACAGGACACUAUAGAUGCCUUUUUGAAGCAAUUGAAAAAUCCCAUUGAUUCUCUUCCUGGAGAACUUUUCCAUGUGGUUGUUUUUUCUCUCCUUCUUUCUUAUUUUCCCUCACCAUACCAGCGAUGGAUUUGCUGCAAGAAAGCCCAUGAACUGCUGGUGUUAAAUGGUUUAUUGCUUAUUAUUACACCUGAUUCCUCCCAUCAAAACCGUCAUGCUAUGAUGAUGAAAAGCUGGAAAAUUGCUAUAGAGUCUCUGGGCUUUAAACGUUUCAAGUAUUCAAAAUUUUCACAUAUGCACCUAAUGGCAUUUAGAAAAAUCUCUUUAAAAACCACAAGCGACUUGGUUAGCAGGAACUACCCAGGGAUGUUGUAUAUUCCUCAAGAUUUCAACAGUAUAGAAGAUGAAGAAUAUUCCAACCCUUCCUGUUAUGUUCGCUCAGAUAUAGAAGAUGAACAACUAGCAUAUGGUUUCACAGAGCUCCCUGAUGCUCCAUACGACUCAGAUUCUGGAGAAAGUCAAGCCAGCUCUAUUCCUUUCUAUGAGCUAGAAGAUCCCAUAUUACUUUUAAGUUAAUAUAAAAGCAAAAGGUCUUUCCAGUCCAGACUCCCAAACUAAUUGCUUACACUAAUCAAAAAUACUAACAUGAACUCAGUACCUAUUCUGGUUUGCAUAGAAGAAAUGCAAGGGUUUACAGAGUUGCCUAUUUUUUUCUACUUCUGGAUUUUAAAAUUUAUUCUUAUAUAGAAAGCUUAAAGUUCCAUGAGAAGUGAUGCCUAUCAUAGCAGAAACCACUGUUACUGUAGCCGCUAGCACUAAGAUAUCAUAGAAAGGUACCUUUUCUCUUUAGUGCUAUUGUGAGAAAAAAAAAAAUGAAGCAUAAUUUGCUAUGUAUUUUCCCUUUCUCUCAUCUUUUCAGUGUUGACUUUAAACCACUGCAGUGAGAAACGUCAAGAUAUGUAGAGAAUUGUAGAUUGCACUUUGAGAACUCAUAUGUUCAUUGUAACACAGUAGUAGGUUGGGUUAGAUGUCUAUAUGCACUUAUAUUCUUUUUCUAAUGAAAUUGUUAUGUUUCGGAAAGCUAUUUUCUCUUCAGUUUUGUCUGUUUAUCCACUUUUACUCAACUUUCAGAUUUGACCCUCCCCCCUUCUUUCUUGUUCAUUAGUAGCAACAGAUAUAGAAGGAAAGUUUUCUCCCAACAUAUAUACCCUAUUUUUAUUAGCACAGUAAACACUAUUGCCAAAUUUUUUUUUACCUUGUUGAUUUAGGCAUUGGUGUUAAGUAUAUAUAUUUAACUGUGAGAGUUCACUUUUACUUUUUUAACUUAGGUCUCAUUUACAAAAUUUUCUACUUAAAGGAACAAUAUAAGACAAUUUCCUGACCGAAACACCUUUGUGAAAGGGUUUGCACUUGGAAGAAAGUUGACAUUCUACCUAGACCAACUUUGAUGGGAUCUUCACCUUUCCAUCAUGGAGUGCUGCACUACAAGUCUGGAAUUACACGGAAGAAUUUUAAAUGAGCCCUUAGCUGGCAGUCUCAUAAAAUGGUUUGACUCUGGUAUUCUAGUCUCUUAAAUCCUAGCAGAAAAUUUUCUUUUACUAUAUAAACCAUUAGUUGGCCGUGGGAAUUUCCCCUUUCCACACUGAUAAAUGCCUUUCUGUGUUUCUGAAUCAGAAGCAAAUGAUAAAGAAGUAUUUGUCCAAACAAGACAAGGUUAGUUGAAAUAGCUAAAAACUUUGUCCAUGUUGUCUUGUCAGCCAGCAAUUGUCAUGUAAAGUAUCAUUUUUAAGAGUGCCACUGUGUGGAUUUUUUUUCAAGUGGUUAUUACAUUAAAAUUACCUCAUACUGAGGUUUUUGCACUGAAACAGUAUCAUAUUUCAUGGUUAAUGUUUGUAUGUAUAUGUGUGUUUUUAAAGGAAACCUGCAUUUUCAGUAGUUGAUUCUAAAUUUCAUAAACUGCACUUCUUUACUCUGGUAAAACUGAAGUUUUUGUGCUUAUUGUAAGUUGCUGUAGUUAACUUUGAAUGUUGAAAUUUCUUUAGAAAUACAAAAUUUUCCCAUUGAGAUAUAAAGGGUUAAGUGUGUAUACCCAACAUUUCAAAUUAAACUUUACAUUCUAAAUUAAUGAAAAUAAUAAAAUUGUACUUAACUUGGUCAGUUGACUAAAUGCAAUAAAUCUGCCCGAAAUAAGCUGAAAAAUUUUUUUGGUUUACUCUCAGUUGCUUAAUAGAUCCAGUAAGCACUACAGGUCACAUCUUGUAACAACCCUAAAAGAAGAAAUUUUAAAACAGUGUUCAGAAUAACACAGGAUUGUGUUCAGUUACUUCUAUUAUUGUACUGUUUUCUUUGAUUUGGUUAAAUGUUAUCUUAAGUGCAAAGAAAACUACACCAGACAAAAGUACUUUGGAAGUAAGUGAAAGCAGUAUUUUUGAGAUGCUAGGGUAUGACCUUGGAGUCAGCCUUAGCAUUAUAGCUAAAAUGUUGGUGCUAUAAAUUCUUCUGACUGUUUACAGAUGUUGAUUCUGCAUGUGCUUCAAAGUGUGCAUGGUGUAUUUUAAGUAGUACUUUAAAAGAAAAGUCUAUGAUACCUUAUUCACUCUUAGUAUAAAUUUGUUUUAAUUUAUAAGAACAAAUUUGUUACUAUAAAUUUCACUUAUUCAAAUUAGGUUGACACAGAGGAUAUGAACUUAUACAUGGUCCACCAAAGCCAAGUCAGUGUGUAAGUGUUAUAUAAGCAGUCAUGUGGCUUAAUGCCAGAUUAUAUUUGUAAUGACAAUAGAAGUUAAUAGAACCUUCUAAUACUAUAUGGGUAAUCGAGAAUGAUUUAAUUUGAAUAUAAAGAAGAGACCUGUCACAUUCACAACAGUAUUCUCUAAAAUACUUUGUUGUUUCAAAAAUAUAUGAUCAUUUGAUUGCAUUUUUUGAGGAUCAUGAUCAGAUCAAGUGGUUUAUAUUGUAGUUGCCAAGUGGUGGGAGGUGGCAUACCUAAAAAUGUAUGUUUGUGUUUGUUGUAUUUUUUCACAUUUUGUGAACAAAAGCACAUUUAUUAAAAAUUUUAAAUUUUCUAA